AUGUCUAAAAGAUUCACGGCGAAGGAUGUUGCCGAACAUAAGGACGAGCAAAACGGCAUGUAUAUUAUUGUGGACAGUGGCGUUUAUGAUAUAACGAAUUUUCUCGAGGAGCACCCUGGCGGAGCGAAGAUCCUAAAACGAAUGGCUGGCAAGAACGCUACGAAGCAAUUCUGGAAGUACCACGGCAAGACUGUCCUGGAUAAAUAUGGCGAUAAACUAAAGAUUGGCGACCUGGCAGAAACGGCAAAAUUAUAA